AUGCCCCGAGGAAUUCGGAAUUCUCGACAGGAUCCCGAUAAAUUUCCUACCACUCAACUUUUUCUUCUUGCAAUUGUCCGUCUCGCGGAACCUAUUGCCCUCACCUCUAUCUUCCCCUACGCGUGGGCACUCGUAAAGAAAUUCAAAGUCGGCAACGAAGAUGAUGCUUCCUUCUAUGCGGGCCUUCUCAUCUCAGCCUUUGCGCUGGCAGAAUCUUUGACGGGCAUGUACUGGGGAGGAUUAUCUGAUAGAAUCGGACGAAAGCCAGUAUUGCUGGCAGGAUGUUGCGGAACGAUGUUGAGUAUGAUUAUGGUUGGAUUUGCGUCGAACAUUUGGGUUGCGCUCCUCGGCAGAGCUCUUGGAGGCUUCUUGAAUGGAAAUAUAGGCGUCAUUCAGACCAUGGUUGGUGAAAUGGUCACCAAGAAAGAACACGAGCCUCGAGCAUACUCAGUCAUGCCAUUUGUUUGGAGUAUAGGUACUAUUAUCGGUCCUGCGAUCGGUGGCACAUUCGCAGAUCCUACAUCGACCUUUCCAAACAUUUUCUCACCGGAUGGUAUUUUCAACACAUUCCCAUAUUUGCUUCCAAAUUUGAUGUGUGCUGGUCUACUAUUCGUCAGUAUUCUAGCGGGGUACUUCCUCCUCCAAGAGACACAUCCGGAUAUGCAACCCCGGGUUUCUCUACCAGAUGAUACAUACCAUUCCGAAGAAACCCCAUUGAUGGCCACUGCUGAUGCCAUUAAAACACCCGCAGUCGACUUGCGCGCCGAAACCUAUGGGACUUUCGAGGGCAGUGAUGAUAGUGAGUGGCGAAAUACGCCCACUAAAUCUAUCUCUCCCCAGAUUUUCAACAAAAAUGUGGUGGCUUUGAUUAUCGCAUUGGGAAUAUUCACAUAUCAUUCCAUGACAUAUGAUCAUUUACUUCCCAUUUUUCUCGAAGAUACAAAGGGUCCAAGGGAAAGCAUGUCCAUCAUGACUGGCGAAUUUAUGAUGCCUGGAGGUCUUGGUUUAUCUGUCCAACAAGUUGGUGUAAUCAUGUCCAUAAAUGGCAUUAUUGCAUUAUUUGUUCAAGCGGUCAUAUUUCCAUGGGCUGCAGAAUUUCUUGGCACUUAUAAGCUCUUCAUUGUAGUCAGCGUACUACAUCCAAUUGCGUAUCUUAUGGUACCUAUCCUCGUCUACCUUCCCGCUUCAUAUCUCUAUGCUGGUCUUUACACGACUCUAUUCGUCCGCAAUCUCCUUUCAAUACUAGUAUACCCCGUUCUUCUCAUCCUCAUCAAAGAAGCUACGCCCUCUCCAAACGUUCUCGGAAAAGUCAAUGGCCUUGCAGCAUCGGCAGGUGCAGCUUGUAGGACUGUAGCUCCACCUGUUGCGGGAUACCUGUAUGCACUCGGUAGCAAGACAAAUUUCACAGCGCUCGCUUGGCUUGGAAGUGCGCUUGUGGCAGUGGUGGGAGCGGCUCAGUGUUUUAUGGUCAAGAGAACGAGAAGGGAUGAGGGGGUUGAGGAAGAGAGAGAUGAAUGGAUUGGUGUAAGGAGAAGAGAUAGUAAAAGCAAGAUGGUUUCUGCAAUUACGGUAAUUGAGGUUGAUUCGACUUUCUCAUCGGAGAAUAAUUCGGAUUCGGAGUCGGUACGGGAUGAGUAG